UUUCCAGUGGCAGCUCCGGGUCCCGACGCCACGCCCCGCCCUGCCCUCCGCCUGCCCCAUGUGCGUUCGCGGCAGUAGUCACCUUUGCCUUACAAACCUUCAGACCCGCCCUCUUUCUACCUUGCCGCCCUAGGCCCCGCCCUCCGCGCGGGUCGGCCAAUAACAGAGUGAGCUGGCGCAGAGGGGGCGGGCCUCUAGCCAAUGCGCACGCCGCGGGCGGGCCCCGAGCCGGAAUUAGGGGUGAAGCGAUAGCGUUUUGCCCGCAUUCGGGGCGCGCGUUGCUGGGGGGUCCCUGUGGGGCGCCCGGAGUUAAGAUGGCGUCCUCAGCCGAGGGGGACCAGACGACUGUGGUGGCGCUGGUGGGGGUUCUGCAGGCGGGUUUCCAGGAGCUGAGCCUUAGCAAGUUGGCGACGGCCCUGGGCGCGUCAGAACAGGCGCUGCGGCUGAUCAUCUCCAUCUUCCUGGGUUACCCCUUUGCUUUGUUUUAUCGACAUUACCUUUUCUACAAGGAGAGCUACCUCAUCCACCUCUUCCAUACCUUUACAGGCCUCUCAAUUGCUUAUUUUAACUUUGGAAACCAGCUCUACCAUUCCCUGCUAUGUAUUGUGCUUCAGUUCCUCAUCCUUCGACUAAUGGGCCGCACCAUCACUGCCGUCCUCACUACCUUUUGCUUCCAGAUGGUCUACCUUCUGGCUGGAUAUUAUUACACAGCCACUGACAACUACGACAUCAAGUGGACAAUGCCACACUGUGUUCUCACUUUGAAGCUGAUCGGUUUGGCUGUUGACUACUUUGACGGAGGGAAAGACCAGAAUUCCUUGUCCUCUGAGCAACAGAAAUAUGCCAUACGGGGUGUCCCUUCCCUGCUGGAAGUUGCUGGUUUCUCCUACUUCUAUGGAGCCUUCUUGGUAGGGCCCCAGUUCUCAAUGAACCACUACAUGAAGCUGGUGCAGGGACAGCUGACUGACGUACCAGGAAGGAUACCAAACAGCACCAUUCCCGCUCUCAAGCGCCUGAGUCUGGGCCUUGUCUACUUGGUGGGUUACACUCUGCUCAGCCCCCACAUAACAGAAGACUAUCUCCUCACCGAAGACUAUGACAACCAUCCCUUCUGGUUCCGCUGCAUGUACAUGCUGAUCUGGGGCAAGUUUGUGCUGUACAAAUACGUCACCUGUUGGCUGGUCACAGAAGGAGUAUGCAUUUUGACGGGGCUGGGCUUCAAUGGCUUUGAAGAAAAGGGCAAGGCAAAGUGGGAUGCCUGUGCCAACAUGAAGGUGUGGCUCUUUGAAACAAACCCCCGCUUCACUGGCACCAUUGCCUCAUUCAACAUCAACACCAACGCCUGGGUGUCCCGCUACUUCUUCAAACGACUCAAGUUCCUUGGAAAGAAAGAACUCUCUCAGGGUCUCUCGUUGCUAUUCCUGGCCCUCUGGCAUGGCCUGCACUCAGGAUACCUGGUCUGCUUCCAGAUGGAAUUCCUCAUUGUUAUUGUGGAAAGACAGGUAGGCCUCCAGGGUGGGGGUGAAGGGGAAUAUGAGGGACAAGACGCUGAUGAGCUUCUCUUCCUUCCCCAGGCUGCCAGGCUCAUUCAAGAGAGCCCCACCCUGAGCAACCUGGCCGCCAUUACUGUCCUCCAGCCCUUCUACUAUUUGGUGCAACAGACCAUCCACUGGCUUUUUAUGGGUUACUCCAUGACUGCCUUCUGCCUCUUCACGUGGGACAAAUGGCUUAAGGUGUAUAAAUCCGUCUAUUUCCUUGGUCACAUCUUCUUCUUAAGCCUACUAUUCAUAUUGCCUUAUGUUCACAAAGCAAUGGUGCCAAGGAAAGAGAAGUUAAAGAAGAUGGAAUAAUCCAUUUCCCUGGUGGCCUAUGCGGGACUGGUGCAGAAACUACUUGUCUCCCUUUCACAGCACUCCUUCGCCCCAGAGCACAGAGAACGGAAAAGCCAGGGAGGCGGAAGAUCUGAUGCUUCCAGCUGUGCCUCUGCUGCCAGCCAAGUCUUCAUUUGGGGCCAAAGGGGAAACUUUUUUUGGAGACGGCGUCUCGCUCUUUCGCCCAGGCUGGAGUGCAGUGGCAUGAUCUCAGCUCACUGCAACCUCCACCUCCCGGGUUCAAGCGAUUUUCCUGCCUCAGCCUCCCGAGUAGCUGGGAAUACAGGCACGCGCCACCAUGCCCAGCUACUUUUCGUAUUUUCAGUAGAAAUGGGGUUUCACCAUGUUGGCCAGGCUGCUCUUGAACUCCUGACCUCAAGUGAUCUGCCCACCUCAGCCUCCCAAAGUGCUGGGAUUAUAGGCGUGAGCCACGGCGCCUGGCCCAAAGGGGAAACUCUUGUGGGAGGAGCGGAGGGACCUACAUCUCCCCUCUGGCUCCCCCAUGCACGGUUGCCUUAUCUCUCCCCCUCUAGCCAGGAAUCUGUUGUGUUUUUCUUCUGCCAAUUUACUAUGAUUGUAUAUGUGCCGCUACCGCCACCCCCCCCAUGGGGGGGUGGAGAGGGGUGCAAGGCCCUGCCUGCUCCACUUUUUCUACCUUGAAACUGUAUUAGAUAAAAUCACUUCUGUUUGUUCAGUUUUUCA